CGCUCCGUUUUCUUGUGUGUUAGUAUGUCUGAACAUGGGAAGGGUGGGAAGGAUCUAGGGAAGGGCCGUGCCAAGCGCCAUCGCAAGGCGCUGCGGGACAACAUCCAGGGCAUCACCAAGCCUGCCAUCCGCCGCCUUCCCCGGCGCGGCGGAGUCAAGCGCAUCUCUGGCUUCAUCUACGGAGAGACCCGUGGAGUGCUGAAGGUGUUGCUGGAGAACAUGAUCCGGGACGCCGUCACUUACACUAAGCACGCCAAGCGCAAGACAGUCACGGGUGUGGACGUGGUCUAGGCCCACAAGCGCCAGGGCCGUGCCCUCUACAGCUUCGGGGACUGAGUGGUUUUUGCUUUAUCAACAAAAGGUCCUUUUCAGAGCCCCUGACAUCUUUCCUGAGGAGCUGUGAGGCUGGUGGGUGGCACCCACACGGCGCGUGGAAAUACUGGGGUUCACGGCAUGCACCCGUUAUUUAUCGAGCUACUUAGUGGUCUGCUGAGGGACCGUUUUGUGCUAGCGUCGCCGCGCAUGCCUUCCUUACCAGUGUUCGAUUAGAUUAGCUACUCUGUAUUCUUGAGUCAAUCUUUUACGUAGUGGGUCAAUAUGACCCAAGUAGUUUGCUCAAGGAACGUAAGCUGUGGGGGGAAAACUUUCGAAGUUGCACUCUAACUUGGGUAUGACCAUAUCUUAUGAACAUACUAGUGUCAAUACCGUGCCACAGGGAAGAUAAUUAAAUCAGGCAUGUCUGGCAAUGUUAAAUUUACUUUCAGUGUCUUCAGUCCUACAUCUUGGGACCUUGUCAUUAGGAAGAAAUGAUCAUUUUUUAUAAGGCCGGUGAUAAUAUCUCUUACCCUCUACGAGUAAUCGCUGUAUCUUGUCAAGUCAGAAGGCCACAUGCUCUGUAGGUCUAGAAGAGCAGUUAAGCUCUUCAUUGUUUUGAUCAUUUACCACAAAGGGUAGAGAGGACCUUUAAAUUGUAUUAAUAGAAUCAAGUGAGUUAAAGGUGUUUUUUACUUUUUAAGGAUGAGUCUUAAUCUGCACUCAGGUGUUAAUUUAUGACAUUGGUGAAAACAUGAACCCAUCGUUAGUGAUAAAACCUGCGAAGAGAGGUAUAGAUAGUAAUUGAUUUCAGAUACAGCAAAAGCACAGAAUUACUGGUCCAUGUAUGAAGUGCAUGUGUUUUAUUUAGAGUGAGUUUGUCACUGAUGCAAGCAUGUUACAUGAUAAGUGUACCUAUUUUUAACUCAUGGAUAAUUGUCAGAUUUUGACACCGGGGUUCUUGUUUACAAAGCCGAAGAAUGAGCUUCACAAACACUCAAGGUAGGAGAGCAAGGUACAGGCUUUUGUUUAGAAAUAA